AUGCGGCUAUUGUACACAAUAGACGAUGAGGAAAUCGCAUGGACAGAGGACAUCAUUCGCAGCGAGGACAUACCUUGCUAUGCGAUUCUCUCACAUACUUGGGGGAAGCAAGAGGUGACUUUUGACGAUCUCAGAAGCGUCGGUAGUAUGAGAGAUGUGGAGGCCAAGAAUGAGGCGAUAGCAAAGAAGAGAGAGGGUUGGGACAAGAUUCGCUUCUGCGCAGCACAGGCAAAGCGUGACGACAUCGACCAUUUCUGGGUAGACACUUGCUGCAUCGAUAAGGCAAACAACACGGAGCUUUCCGAGGCGAUCAACUCCAUGUUUCGCUGGUAUCAGAGAUCAGACAGGUGCUAUGUGUACCUUCCAGACGUCGAGGGCAAACCUUCAGCGGAAGACGACAUGUCGUCCUCGGGGUGGAGAGCUGCCUUUAAGGCGAGCAGGUGGUUCACCCGAGGCUGGACGCUUCAAGAACUUAUAGCUCCGCGCUCGGUGCAGUUCUUUUCUGCAGAUGGAUCACGCUUAGGAAAUAAAGAGUCGCUCAAGCAGACCAUACAUGAGGUCACUGGAAUACCUGUCGAGGCUUUGUCGGGGGGCGACUUGUCGAAGUUCGACAUCACUGAACGCUUAUCUUGGGCACAAAAUCGCCACACGACGCGAGAAGAGGAUAGUGCCUACUGUCUCUUGGGCAUAGUUGGCUGCCACCUGCCGCUGAUCUAUGGUGAAGGCAAAGAGAGCGCCUUGAAGCGACUGGGAAAGGAGAUCCAGGGAUAUCCUGAGAGUGUUGCAGGUGCCUCAGCGAAUGAUAUCAAGGCCCACAAACGAGAGCAAGAAGAGAAGCUUAUCCAGAUUCAUAGCUGGCUCUCAGCGCCCGACCCGUCGACGAAUUACCGCAAAGCGCAUGAUCAGCGGCAGGCUGGGACUGGACUGUGGUUGUUAAACAGUGGAAAGUUCAAGAAGUGGAAGGAGGCCCCAGCGUCGCAGCUGUGGCUGUAUGGAAUUCCGGGAUGCGGAAAGACCAUACUAAGCUCUACUGUCAUCGAACAUCUGCUGAAACACUGCGCUGAUGACGUUCGCAAGGUCACGAUCUACUUUUAUUUUGACUUUAAUGACGCACAGAAACAAGAUGCAGAGCUGAUGCUUCGCUCGUUGCUUUGUCAGCUUCUGCGUCACGCUGGUGUGAUAACCAAAGACUUUGACGCGUUAUUCGCGUCCAGUGGCAACGGGCUUCGCUAUCCAUCAGUUCAUGAGUUUCUAGAAGUACUACCGGAGGUGAUACGGCAAUUCACAGACGUCUACAUGGUUCUUGACGCGCUCGAUGAAUGUACACAACGCCCGGAGCUGAUGGAUAUGCUUGGGGUAAUGGCUGGGUGGCAGCUUGACAACGUGCAUGUGCUGAUGACUAGUCGGAAAGAGCGGAACAUCGAGAAGUCUUUGAAGGGCCAUAUGGAAGAGGAUGAUGCUGUCUGUCUUCAAAGGGCGGUGGUGGACGAAGACAUAUUACGAUACGUUCAGCAACGGUUGCGUGACGAUCAAGGCCUGGCGAAAUGGAACAAUGACGUGGGUAUCAAGCGAGAGAUCGAGACUGCGCUGAUGCAUGGAGCUCGUGGAAUCUCGCUGGCAAAAUGUCGAAAUCUGGCAAUGCUGCGCAAGUCGCUCGCUACUUUGCCACAAACUCUGGACCAGACAUACGACCGUGUUUUUGCUGCUAUAAGCGAACAGGACCGCGUAUACGCGAUGAGAAUUCUACAAUGGCUAACGUUCUCCGCUAGACCCCUCUCUGUCGAAGAAGUUGCGGAGGUCGUUGCCAUUGACGAUACGCGCGAAACGGUGUUCAACCGUGACGAAGUGCUAGUAGACCCACUGGAAGCCUUGGAGAUCUGCUCUAGCCUUGUCGUGGUUACAGACGACUACCGAGUCGAACGACAAGGGCAAGUGAGACCCGGUCUAAGAAUCGUCGCUCUCGCUCAUUACUCAGUCCAAGAAUAUCUUGUCUCGGACAGGAUCAAGCAGGGGCCAGCCAAAGACUUUAGUAUGCAAAGUCUUGAAUGUCACAAAGCAAUGACUAAAGGGACUCUGGGGUACCUGUAUCAGUUUCAGCAGCCAAUCGCUGAAGGCACUUUCAAUCUCUACGCACUCGUACGAUACUCAGCAGAGUUCUGGAGUCACCAUCUGAAAUCGACCGGGGAUGCAAUGGAAGAGAUGAGUCAAUCAGCCAUGCAUCUGUUCUCUAGAGAGUCCCCGGCAUUAAUCACCUGGAUCCGGGUUUGUGAUCCCGAAAGUUUUCGACGCGAACCAGACCUCAAACGAGGCCGGACGGACGGAGAAGGCAUCCGAACGCCUCUUUACUAUGGCGCUUUGUUAGGUCUAAGCACGAUCACGAAAAAUUUGUUGGAUCAGGGUGCUGAGAUUAACGUGCCUGGUGGAAACUAUGGGAAUCCGCUACAGGCUGCUUCAGCUCUAGGUUACAAGACUGUGGUCGAGCUACUAAUCAAAGCAGGCGCCGACGUCAACGCAAAGGCAAGGCUUUUCGGCAACCCACUACAAGCAGCUUCAGCUGGAGGCCACGCUGGAGUGGCCAAGCUGCUGAUUGACGCGGGUGCCCACAUCAAUGCCACUAGUGCGCCUUUGGGCAGUGCACUGGAUGCCGCUCUUGAUGGCGGACACGAAUCGACGGCCAGAUUACUGCUCGAACGAGGCGCUAACGCUGGUUUGGACGAGCAACUCAGAGGCACCUCCACGGUGUACAUCUUCGCUGGUAAGAAUGUUGCAAGACUAUGGCGCUUCAUUGGACAGCAUCGAUUCUGA